AUGUGCGCACUACGGACUCUGGAUCUCUCACAGACCGGACCUGUUACCUCGCAGGCGCUCGCCAUCACGCUCAUCGGGAAGGACCUGGACAUGGAUAUUGAAUCUCCGCAGAAGAGCAGCGCGCGACAAAAAAGCUGUUUGGACCGGUUCCUGGUGGCGUCGAUUCUGCUGUUGUUCUUGCUGGUGUCGGCGGUGGCGGCCGGCGGAGCGGUGGUGCUGAUGAAACUGCAGGCCAAGUUGGACGCUCGGUCCAUCGGCGCUGACGCCGGCGCCGCCUUGAAGGGCGAAGCAAUAAAUACGUACAAGAUGCAAAACUUUGCGUAUGUGGAGGCAACGAAAAGUGAACUGAAGAACUCCGUCAUGUCCUGGGCUCCUGUCAGCUACGACACAGGGAAGUCAGUCGGUGACAAGUUCCAUUUCAGCGAGAAACAACAUUCGCUGAGGACCAGCAAGGAGGGAUCUUACUUCAUCUACUUAGACCUCAACUUGACGUGCACCCACCACUGCUCUGCUGGGCUGCUCACCGUGACUCUGGGUGACAAACUCACCUGCCAGGUCCAACUUCCAACUACCAAGGCAGCCACACCUGUGAGUCAGAGGUGCUGGACGGUGGCAAGGAUGGAAGUGGACUCUGCCCUGCUGGCUCACAUGACUGUACCAGAGGAUGGACUCACAAACUGGAAACUGGAAUUAAAAGGCUCCAAUAUGGGGAUAUUUCUUGUGGACUAGUAUCUGACUUUUACUGAAACUCAAAGAAGACUCUUUUGCUGUUUGUUUUCUCUCUCAGCGAGGCAGGAUUGUUCAUUCUAGAUGCUUUUCAAAUGCUAAUAUUUCAGGAUCGAACCUUCCGCCUGACGCCAAACACACAGACUGACCUCAUUUGGUGCUGGAGACAUCAUCCGCUCCGCACCACACUCAUUGAAACUGUAAAUGUAUAUGGGGCUGGUGAGGCAUGUCUUGACUCUGUAAAUAUGUGUAUUUAUAUAUUUAUUUUUUUAAAUUAUCAUAUGUCAGUGUUGUUCGUCGUUAAACGGUAAUAACCACUAUAUUAGUGUUUCCGGCUUUCAUUUCAUAAAUGCUCUCUGUAAUAAAGCUGAGGCUUGUAUUUAAAUGGAGUUUUCCGUCUUUUUGUCUUUCAGAAUAAAUAAAUGGUGCGAUGUGAUUGUAAAAAAAGGAAAUGUAAUUUAAGUUAAUAAUUAAAACAAUGACGCACAGCUGGAAAAAUAUAUCCUCAAAGCUCCUGUG